ACAGUUUCUACCGAGGAAUUAGCUCAAAAGCUACAAUGAAGUUAUUCGCCAGUGCGCUUACCGUGGCGCUGGCCGGCCUGGUGUCGGCCCAGUUCGAUACCCACAUGUGGGGCGACCGCAGCGGCAUGGUGCAUCUGUUCGAGUGGAAGUGGAACGAUAUCGCGGACGAGUGCGAACGGUUCCUGGCACCGAAGGGAUACGCCGGUGUGCAGGUUUCGCCGCCAACGGAGAAUAUCGUGGUUUCGGGAAGGCCAUGGUGGGAACGCUACCAGCCGGCUUCGUACCACUUGAACACACGAUCCGGAUCGGAACAGGAGUUUGCCAGCAUGGUCCGCAGAUGUAACAACGUCGGAGUGCGAAUCUACGUUGAUAUUGUGAUCAACCACAUGGCUGCCAUGUCCGGAGGGGCAACGGGAGGUUCCUGGGUGGACGGGUUGAAUUUCCCGGCGGUUCCGUACGGUCCGAAUGACUUCAACCCGCGCUGCGAGAUCUACAACUACAAUGAUCCGUAUCAGGUGCGUAACUGUUGGCUGGUUGGACUGCCGGACUUGGCCCUGGGAUCGCAGUGGGUUCGUGACCGCAUCGUAGAUCUGAUGAACAAGUGCAUCGGUUAUGGAGUGGCCGGUUUCCGAGUGGAUGCCGUCAAGCACAUGUGGCCCGGAGAUCUGGAUGCCAUCUACAGCCGCUUGCACAAUCUCCCAACUGAUCAUCACUUUCCGGCUGGAGCACGUCCCUUCAUCACCCAGGAGGUCAUUGAUUUGGGUGGUGAAGCCAUCAGUCGCAACGAGUACACUCACCUGGGUACGGUCACCGAGUUCCGUUUCUCAGCUCAGAUUGGCCGGGUAUUCCGUGGAUACGAUCAGCUGAAGCAUCUUACCAACUGGGGUGAAGGUUGGGGCUUCCUUCCGUCACACUUGGCACUGGUGUUCGUCGAUAAUCACGAUAACCAGCGUGGUCACGGUGCAGGUGGUAGUGACGUUCUAACUCACAAGAUUCCCAAGAACUACAAGAUGGCGUCGGCGUUCAUGUUGGCGCAUCCGUUUGGUAUCCCGCGCAUCAUGAGUUCGUUCUUCUUCAACGAUGGUGAUCAGGGGCCGCCACAGGACGGAAAUGGAAACCUGGUGUCACCGUCGAUCAACCCGGACGAUUCUUGCGGCAACGGGUGGGCUUGUGAGCACCGCUGGCGUCAGAUUUACAACAUGGUUGGAUUCCGCAAUGCUGCCAAGGGAACCGGAAUCAACGAUUGGUGGGACAACGGUGGCAACCAGAUGGCGUUCUGCCGUGGCGGAAGUGGCUUCGUGGCGUUCAACUUGGAGGGUUACGAUUUGAACCAGUGGCUGCAGACGUGCCUGCCGGCGGGCGAUUACUGUGAUGUCAUUUCGGGCAGCAAGAGCGAUGGACGGUGCACCGGAAUUACGGUGCACGUGCAAGGUGAUGGCAAGGCCAACAUUGUCAUCCCGGCGCACGGAGAUGACGGUGUGCUGGCUAUUCAUGCUGGGUCGAAACUUUAGAUGGUAGAUAUUCGUGUAUUUAGAGUAAUAAAUGUAUGUUUGUGAAAUAUGAAA